UGCUCUCUCAUUCAUUCAUUACCAAUCCCUCCUUCCUUCUACUUUCCAAAUACAAAUCCCAGCAGUGAAGCUGUUUACUUGCCCUGUUACAACUGCAUCUUAUUUAUAUGCAAUGCAAUCCAUUGCCUCUGAUAUCUGAUCUAGAUUUUAGAUUCAGACCUCUUUUUCUUUCACCAUUUUAGAUUUCUUCAUUCCUUAUUGCUUUUGAUAGAGCAUACAUUUGUUGGUAUUCUAUCUGGGUCUGGGACUGGGGGUAGUAUAAUGGGCAGACCAGCCAUAUUACUGUUUACAUUGGCUUUCUUGAUUGUCACUCUGGUGGUGAAAGCAGAGGAUGCUUCCAGAUACUUCACAUGGACUGUCACUUAUGGAACUGCUGCUCCUCUUGCUGUUUCCCAGCAGGUGAUUCUUAUCAAUGGUCAAUUCCCUGGGCCUAGACUUGACACUAUAACCAAUGAGAAUAUUAUCAUAAAUGUCAUCAACAAACUAGACCAGCCUUUUCUAUUGACAUGGAAUGGAAUUAAACAGAGGAAGAACUCUUGGCAAGAUGGAGUUGUUGGUACUAAUUGUCCUAUCCCUACUAAUUCAAACUACACUUAUAAGUUCCAAACCAAAGAUCAAAUUGGAACAUACACAUACUUCCCUUCAACAUUACUUCAUAAAGCUGCUGGAGGAUUUGGAGGAUUAAAUGUCUAUGCAAGAUCUGUAAUCCCCGUUCCUUAUGCUAGACCAGCCGAAGAUUUCACUUUACUCAUUGGUGACUGGCACAAGGCCUCCCACAAGACUCUCCAACAGACUCUUGAUAAUGGAAAAACGCUUCCACUUCCGGAUGCUCUCCUCAUAAACGGACAGACCACAACUACUUUUACGGGUGAUCAAGGAAAGACAUACAUGUUCAGAAUAUCAAAUGUGGGACUAUCAACCACGUUCAACUUCAGGAUUCAAGGACACUUGUUGAAGCUAGUUGAAGUUGAAGGGUCUAAUGUUAUUCAGAACGUGUACGAUUCUCUCGACGUUCAUGUAGGUCAAUCUGUUGCGGUUCUAGUCACUCUGAAUCAAACUUCCAAGGAUUAUUAUAUUGUUGCAUCAUCUCGGUUUAAUGGUAAAGUGAUCACUGCAACUGCCAUCCUGCAUUACUCGAACUCCAAAACUUCCGUUUCUGGACCUCUUCCACCGCCUCCUACUUACCAACUUCACGGGUCUAUGCAGCAAGCGAGAACCUUCAGGUGGAACUUGACCUCGAAUGCAGCCCGUCCCAACCCACAAGGCUCGUUCCACUAUGGAGGCAUCCCAAUAACAAAGGCAUUCGUGUUUGCAAACUCAGCCCCUGUGAUUGGCGGAAAGUUGAGAUAUGCUGUAAACAGAGUCUCCUAUGUAAAUUCAGAUACUCCCCUGAAGCUUGCCGAUUACUUUAACAUUCCCGGAGUCUUUAACAUGAGUUCCCUCCAAAGCAAUCCAACCGAAGGCCCUUCAUACAUGGCGACGCCAGUUGUUUCCACUUCUCUACACGAUUUCAUCGAAGUUGUUUUUCAGAAUAACGAAAAAACCAUCCAAUCUUGGCACCUCGACGGCUAUGAUUUCUGGGUUGUUGGCUUCGGUUCUGGACAAUGGACUCAAGCGAGUAGAAAAGGGUACAAUCUAAAGGAUGCCCUGACCCGACAUACUACACAGGUAUUCCCGAGCUCGUGGACAGCGAUAUUGGUCUCAUUGGAUAACCAAGGAAUGUGGAAUUUGAGGUCUGCCAUAUGGGAGAGACAGUAUUUGGGACAGCAAUUUUACCUUAGAGUUUACGACCCUGUUCAUAGCCUCUCCAACGAAUACAAUGUUCCAACCAAUGUAUUGCUUUGCGGGAGAGCCGUUGGAAGACAACCAUGAAGAAUUCAAUUUCUCACAUCAUCAUAUUUACAGUGUUUUUAACGGUCAUGAGAGUAUGGCUUUAGGAUAUCCUUAGUUUUAUAAUGUCCACUUCUUAUAUAUAUAUUGU